UUUUACCAAUCUUUCAACCCUGGGCUAACUUUCAAUUCACCAAACUUCGAACACCAAAUUUUCAAUUCACCAACCGUUGAACACCACACUUUCAACUUUCACCAACUAUAUAAACACCAAACUUUCAACUUUCACCAACUAUAUAAACACCAAACUUUCAACCAACCAUUCACCACCAAACUUUCAGAAAUCAUCCUCUAUAUAAACAUAUGUCCAAUAUUUGUUGAUCACACAACCUUUCAACCUUCAAUCAUCCUUUAUAUUCACCCAUAUUUCAACUUUCAAAGAGUUUUUGUUUCCUAAAAAUCCUCAAUAUCUCAUCAAUGGGUGAUAGAAUAAGGCGUAGUAUGGCAAUGCAGAUGGCACAAUACCAAGCAAGGAUGGAGAUUGAGGAUGCAGAAUUGUUCAAUGCUGAAGUUGAACUAUUCAACUCGUUUAUGCAAUCUGAGCACAAUGGCGAAUCUAGUCAUCGUGGUUCUGUCACGGGGCGUUCAUAUGUGCAGCGUGAUAAAGAAGAGUGUUAUGAUCGAAUGAUGAAAGAUUAUUUCAUAGAGCGUCCGAGAUUUCCUGCUCAUGAUUUUCGGAGGCGGUUUCGGAUGAGGAGAGAGCUUUUUGAAAGCAUCUUGAAUGCAGUUGUCAAUCAUGACCACUACUUUGAAUGGAAGGUAGAUGCCACAGGCCGACAAGGUCUAUCACCUCAUCAGAAACUCACAUCUGCUUUUCGCAUGCUAGCUAAUGGAUGCUCUGCAGACUCAACUGACGAGUAUUGCCGCCUUGCAGAAAGUACUGCUAUUGAGAACCUGAAGCGCUUCUGUAAGGCAAUUGAAGGCAUAUAUGGAGCCACAUACCUCCGCAACCCAAAUCGUGCAGACUUGAAGAGGCUUCUACGCAAGGCAGAAAAAAGAGGCUUCCCUGGCAUGAUAGGAAGUCUCGAUUGUAUGCAUUGGGAGUGGAAGAAUUGUCCUAUUGGUUGGGCUGGCCAAUUCAAGGGCCGUUAUGACAAGCCAACCAUCGUGCUCGAGGCUGUGGCGUCUUACGACACAUGGAUUUGGCAUGCUUUCUUCGGUGCUCCUGGAUCAAACAACGAUAUCAACGUUCUUUGGUCUUCUCCUUUAUUCGAUAAUGUUGUCAAUGGAUGGGCACCAUAAUUUCGGUACAAGGUAAAUGGUAAUAGGUAUGAGCUAGGUUACUACCUAACUAAUGGUAUUUAUCCUAGUUGGUCUACUUUUGUCAAAAGUUUUUCUCAUCCCGAUAGUGCAAAGAAGAAAUUAUAUUCGCAGAGGCAAGAGUCUUACAGGAAGGAUGUGGAGAGAGCGUUUGAGAUUCUACAAGCUCGAUGGGCCAUUGUUAGAGACCCGAUAUGAUAGGGUCACCUUGAGUGAGUAUAUGAGACGUUUAAAUAGAAUUCAAGCUCCUCAAUGUCAUGACACACUCCGUAAAGAUUUGGUUGAGCAUGUAUGGU